UCGUGUUCCGCUCCCCAUACUGAGCGGGCGCGCUGGACGCAGUGAGGAAUAACUCAAACCUCACUUCCAGUUCCACACUGCACUUCACCGGCACUAAAAAAAACCUCAGACAUGGAUGACCCACUCACAAAAUGGCUCCACUUUCACACUAGCAUCAACAAGACGUCGGGAACGUGUGGUGUUUUCGACAGCUGAUUUAUAGAGAGACAUUUCAUAGGAUAUAACUGCAACGUGAUGAAAUUAUGGAAAAAAUGAAGCUGGAUCUUUGUCCUGGAAGUCCCGGUGCCAAAUCGUGCAUCCCGCCGAAGCAGGAUUCCGUCAGGGAGAAUGGAUGCCAAGACCUGGAGGACUCGAAGGAGGGGAACUUCACUGGGGAAGGGGUUAAGACAGAUGACGUGCCUCUGCGGAACACGCGCAACGGGACCAUCAUCCUCAACGGCGUUGCCAAGGAAACCGCUUACGACGCCCUUGACCUGAAAAGGGAAGUACCAGUGAUCGAGCUCUUGAGGAGAGACGAUAUAAAGACGGGACAGCAGAGAACCGACAGUCAAACGGUACCGAUCACGGAGCUUCGCAGACCACCCGUGCCGUUGCCGCUGCCGCACCGAGACGCGCUGAUCGACGCUCGAAUGGUUCAGCUGAGCCCAAACGCGUUCCCUCUCCCGGCGCGAGCAAUGCUCUACAACUUGGCGCAACCUCUCGCUGCCAUCAACAGUCUUGGAGGGGAGUCGGAACAGUACGGCAUGUACCCCAGCAACAGGGUAAAGCGCCGUCCUGCGCCUUACGAGGUUGAGCUCGACGAGGGUAGGCGCAUUUUAGAUCUUUCUAAGUAUGCUGGCCAACCAAAGAUCGUAAGGCGGAUCUUCACCAACAGCCGGGAGCGCUGGCGGCAGCAGAAUGUCAAUGGGGCGUUCUCCGAGCUCCGCAAGCUCAUCCCCACCCACCCACCGGACAAGAAGCUGAGCAAGAACGAGAUCCUGCGUCUGGCCAUGAAGUACAUCAGCUUCCUGUCCAACCUGCUGGACGACCAGGACGGAGGGGCCACCGUGGGCGUGGGUGAUGGGACAGGGCUGCUGGUGGGGGGCCGUGAGGGUGGACCCCAGGGCCCCCGUCAGGACGGGGUAGGACUGGCCAGAGAGGACGACCUCCUCCUCCAGGGCACGUUGUCGCCCGGGUCCAGCUGCGGGAGUCUGCCAGAUGGGGACGGCAGCCCCGAGAGCUUCACCGAGGACCAAGACUCACCUCCAGCCCCGAGAACUGUGCCCGUCCCGCGCGGUAGGGACCUACGACGCAAUGCACGGCCACAAGAUGGCGGCAGCCAGCGAUGACGGUGAUGAUAAUAGUGGUGGGGAUGGUGGUGACGUGGUGUCGGUGAUGACGAUGGUGGAUAAGGAGUUGGAGGAGUUGAUGGUGGACCGCAGGAAAACAAAGGGAUUGACUUAUGUCCCCAGAAGAGGGAUGACUCAAAUAUGGAUGAGUGUGAGAAGGGCCCUAGCAUCUCUGAGCUCUAUCUAAAGAACGGUGCAUCAGGUUCUGGGAGCAUGCUGAUGCCAGAAUUUCACUUUAUCAGGAUUCUAAUGUCCUUUUUUGGUCCUUUUUUGGUCAGUUGGUUAACAAAAUGAAAGACUUGUAAAUUCUGCAUGCUUCAUGCUGUCUAGGACCUGGGUUGAGGAACACCUCAUAUUUCCUGCAUUAUGAAUGUUCAAAUACAGUGUGCUUCUGUUACACUAUCAUGUUAUCAGUACGCAUCCUAUGUCAUCGUCAUAAAAGUAAUUGAUGCCGUGGUACCAGCAGGCGACGCAUCAUUCGACACCAGGAAAUGUCAAUAGGAAUGCCAUCAUGCUCUCACCUUGGGUUAAGAAUAAGAUCAAUCUUUGCCAGUUGUCAAUGAGGGGCAUUUGAACUGUUCAGAAAGUUUACGACAACACGACAACAACAUAACUGUUUCGCUGAUAGCAAUGCCUUGAUGCCAAAUCCUCACAAAACAAAAAAUGCACAUUUAAUCACACAUUGAAGACCAUUAUUAUUUGCUUGAAAAUGUGUUAUCUUUAGCAAGGAUUUAGCACUCUCAACACAUGAUCAAACAUGUACAUAUAACAUUAGCCUACCUUCCAAAAUAUUUUGACAGUGGUUCAUGUCAAGUGAUGUGAUUAGGCAGUUUGAUAUAGUGGCCUAUAUUUUAGACAGGGCUUUCAGGCAGGUGGCUUUUUGAGAAAGAUUCUGCUCUGUGCUCCUGAUGACAUACUAUUCAUUCAACAGUGGGUGAACAACAGGUCAACUAGAAAAUGAAUGUCAAACUCAUAUAAUGAUAUAACAAAUGUGGUACCUUAUUUAUUUAUUUCCGUCACACAUAACUGAUUAGCGUUGAGUAAAACGAUGCAGAGUAACAUGGCAACUGACCGUUAAGCACGCACACACACACACACACACACACACACACACACACACACACACACACACACACACACACACACACACACACACACACACACACACACACACACACACACACACACACACACACACACACACACACACACAUAUCGAGUACAAUCUGUGUGAACAAUUUUGAUUUCUGAGACACAUUGCCUAAGCAUGUAGAUGGACAUAUGUGCGUAGCUAGCAACUACAACAGCCACAGGUCUAAAAAUUCAAAAUGAAUCAUGUCACGAGGUACAAAUAGUAUUUCUGUAACUGAGAUCCAGUGAAAUCAAACGCUCACUUCCAACCAUUUUGUAUAUUAUAAAUAUCUAUUUUAAUGUUUUUCUCACUGUAUUGCAGUUGUGGUUUGGUAUGGUACACUAAGUAUAUCGCCUCCUAAAUACGCCCUCCUUCUCUCUGUUGGAAUGAUCAAUAACACCAGCAGUUUUUUUGUCAGUAAGCAGUGAGGUGUACAUCACUGUAGUUUGGUUAUUUCAUUACGGCUUUUUCAACAUACAUUUAGUAGCCUAUCUUGGUACCUUUGGUUACUAUUUUAUGAACUACAGUAAAGCAAAGGGACAUUGUAUGUUCUGUUUAGUAAAAAAAAUAACAUGUUUGUUGUAUGAUAAAUAUAUCUAUGACUAUAUGCAAUGUUAACUUGAUGAC